AUGGGUAAUAUAUGUUCCCGCUCCUCGAACAACGACCAGGAAGCUUUCACGGGACCUGGUCGUGUUGUCGGAACCUCAAAUCAAUCGAACUCCGCACCACGCGCCUCCGUCCCCUCAAGCACAAACUGGAAGUCCUCACCGGGCCGUACGCUCGGCGAGACCUCGACCGGCGGGGCGCAAGGGGCUAGUGACGAAGCGCGGUCGAAUGCUGCGAUUGCGGCGCAGAAACGCGCGGAAUCCAUGUCAGCCACGAAUAAAGGGAAGCUCGGGUCAAAACUAGCGGCGCAGAAGGCGAAGACACAGACGCAGACGUUGGAUCAGGCUAGUCGUGAUGAGAGGGCGGCGCGGGAUGUGGAUGAGGUGGAGCAGGCGAGACAAUGGUCCUGA